AUGGUUAAAACAGAGGAAUUAUCUCCAGAACAAGUUUAUAGUAUGAACGAAACUGGGCUAAACAUUAAAAUAUUACCAGAAAAAACUUUUCUAGGCAGUCAUGAACAGUCUGCCUCUGGCUUUAAAAAGAACAAAGAACGUAUUACAGUGGCCGUUUGUUCGAAUGCAGCGGGAACUCAUAAAAUUCCUCUUUUCGUUAUUGGCAAGUCUGCUAAACCACGGGCAUUCAAAAACUUGAAUCCAUCGUCCCUUCCGGUCUAUUAUAAGUCACAAAAAUCAGCGUGGAUGAAUUCAGACCUGCUUAAAGAGUGGUUUAAUUUAGAGUUUGUUCCAAGAGUUAAAAAACAUUUAAAAAGUGUUAACUUGCCUAUCAAAGCAGUUCUAGUGUUAGAUAAUGCUCCAACCCAUCCUCAUGACUGCGAUGUAGAUGUCAUAAGAUUAGUUUAUCUUCCUCCUAAUGUGACAAGCUUAGUGCAACCAAUGGACCAAGGAGUGAUCGAAUCGCGUAAACUUGUUUCUGAAAUUCUGCAACACUCGGAGAGUGAAGACAAAGGUCUUUUAGAUGUCAUCAAAAAGAUCAAUAUCAAGGACGUUAUCUAUAUGUUAGCUACAGUAUUAAUUUCAAGAAAUGCCUUCUUCAACGUUUAUUAA